CAAUUCUUUAUACUAAUAUAAUUUUGUUACUUUAAUGUGCAGGAGUGCACCGGUAGUAUAUGUAUGGCUUAUGGUCUGGAGUCGUGUCAGUGUAGGCGCGGACCAAAUGAUCCGAUGACUAAAUCAUGCGAACUCUGCUGUAGACUGCCUUCAAAGGACUCGACGUGCAAGUCAUCGUUUGAGUGGAAUUCCGUGCCGUACGACGUGCCGGACCUGUACGCCAAAGCGGGCACUCCAUGUGAUAACUAUAACGGCUAUUGCGAUGCUUUCCAGAAGUGCAGAGAAGUAGACCCGUCCGGACCAUUAGCCACAUUAAGACGACUCCUGUUAUCUAAUGAAAGUAUGGCCUCAUUAAAGAGAUGGUUCAAUGAGCAGUGGUUCUAUGUGGCCAUACUAUGUCUAAUCACAUUACUUAUUGUGGCAAUAUUAGUGAAAGUGUUCGGAAAGCGAACCAUUGAUCUAUCAAAGAGUGAUUUAGUGGACGUCGAUAUGAUGUUAGAGGCGGCCAAACAACACAAGCGCACCCAAACAGCCACCACCUCCUCCUCGUCCCUGUCAUCCAUCAAUGGCUUAUCGCGAAGUGCCCUUCAGGUGCAGAAUCACGGAAAUCUGGUCAAGACCAGUUUGGCCUAUCAUCAGCAGCAGCAACAACAGCUCCAUCAGCAGCAACACCACGAGCACAUACAUCCCAUUCCGCAACAGUCCCAUCACAUGCAUCACACACCACAGCACCCGUACUACAGCAGCCAAGCCCUGCACCAACAGACUCACCAUCAGAUAUACGCCGAUCACCACUACAUCAGCCGUUCCAACAGCUCUCUGUCCCACAUGAAUAACAUUGAAUAUAAUAAUAUCAAUGAUUGCCCGCAAAAUACAUUCACAGGCAAUGGUUGGGUCUGACAAUUAAAGUACUGAUAGUUAGAGUUGAUUACACAUUCAAACACAUCCGUACCUAUUAUAUCACUUAUUGUAUCAUUUUUAUAAAUUCAAACCUUUUGUUUAAUGUAAAGUUUACAAUAAGUUGCACUAUCACACAAUUUGUAUAUUUCUCAACUAUAACUUUAUGUUUAAUUGCCAAACAGUUUAUUAGAAACUUCAGUGAAC